UCAAAACCAGAGUGUAGGACGAUGACAGCAUGAUGGAGACUGUGUCCCAAGAAAUGGCAGAGAACAAAACCACAGAGAAAGAGCCUCAAGAGAACAAUAAUGACUUGGUGACAACAGAAGAGAUGGAUACAGCUGAGGUCAUCAAUGAUAAUGAGAUUUCAACAGGAGGAACUGAUGAGAAUGGCAAUGAAAAUGAUAAUGAAGAUUUACAGCUUGGGGACACCUCAAAUCUCACCGUCGGUGAGCGCAAUGAAUUGUUUCAAAGAGGGAUGAACUAUGAACAGAAUAAACGUCCAAGUCUUGCACUGCAGUGCUACUUGGGGUGCAUCAAAGGCCUGAAAAAGAAGACUGGAUUUGUUCUACUGCCUCAGUGCCUUCACAAUAUGAGAGCGCCAUCCAUUUUGCUCAAGCGGAAAAGCUGUUUUAUGAAUCGGCUUUAAUAGAAACUGGAGAGAUUCAAAAGAAACUGGAGGAAGUGGCCAGUUCUGAAGGAUCUGAAGUGCCCACUGAUUUAAAUGAACUCAACCUGAACGCUCUGAGGGCAGAGGAGUAUGAACAUUUGGCGAAAUUGUGCUUGGAUAAAAAACAGUCACAGUUGGCACUUGAAUAUGCGGGUAAAUGUACAAAGCUUCGUCAACAAAUCUAUGGAGACAAUCAUGAGAAAACCAAAACAUCACUGAACAUGUUUGCAAGCAUCUAUGCAGAGGUUGGGAAAUCUCAGUACACAGAUUCUAUCAACCUUCUCAACGAAGACCCUGUAAAUGAAACCAACAACCAAUCAACUCCUGCUGCAAAUUCCAAGGAGGCUCGUCAGGUCCCUGAAGUGGUUAUGUCCAGUCCUGCUGGGGGUGAGCCCGUGUCCAUUCUGAGGCAAAGGUCACAUCAAGGGGAUGAGAGCCCCACCAAGGAACCAGAGCGGGAGAGGAAACAAGUGAGGUUCCAUGAGUCUGUGGAGGAAAGUUUGAAACUGAAAGAAAAAGAGGAGUUUGCGUCGCUGACCAUCACACUGAUUGUCCUGUCCGUGUGUUUCGUCAUCCUUGCCUCCAUGGGCAUGUGGCUGUACUGUUCCCUCAACAGAGGGCAAAGCUGCCAGUAUAUCUCUGCUCAACUACGCAAGUGGCUCCGGUAUAUCCAGUACAACUUCUAUACGCUAACAGCUCCAAGGGUUCCGACGUGAAGGAAGGCAACAAGAAAGAUUUCUUCUGGAUGAGGUGUUCAAGAAAGAAGAAAUCUGUUAUUGAAAUAAGUUUCAGCCUAAAAUUAUGUAACAGUUAAAGGACAAAAUACUUCAUUUUAUCAUAACUGAAGAUUUGCAAAGUAGUGUGAUCUAGGGCUGCUAUUGAUACUGUAAACAAUUUGGUCUUGCAUCCUCACAGCAAUGCUCAAACUGCUGUAAGUUUACCUCUUAUUUUGAAAAAUCUCUUCCAUAAUGUUUUGGGGUAGCAAUGUCAUGAAAGUUAUUGUGAAUUUGAGUUUUUUUCUUUCCCUGUCUCGCCUUAUACAUCCAUCCUCAAGAUUUUAUCAAAUCUAACACACAAGUUGGUAAUUUACUUUUGCCUAUUCUACUCUACUUUUUUUUUCUUUGCAUAUACUUCCAACUAUGAAUGAAUCUGUUUUAAGCUGAAGAGUAUAGAGAGAUAAAAUCAACUCUUUGUUCACAAAAUCUCACAAAACUUGAAUCUUAAUCCUAGAUUUUUUAAAGGGAGGAAUCACCAGUACGUCUUACGUAUCUCAACAUCAAUCAGACAUUUCUUGCAAACUGACUUCUAUUACCAGACAUUAUUAUUUGCAGCUUGUUUAAUACGUUUAUUAUAUUCAAAAUACCAAACUGACUGAUCAGAAUCAACAUUACUAUAUUUUUAUGUGUACGUGGCUAUUGGAUAAAUAACUUUUGCAUAUAUAUUUAUUAUUAUGUGUGUGUGUUAACAGUGUAUCUCAACUUGCAGGUAUCUGCACUACUGUAUGAGAUAUGUAUGGUUACAUUGAUGUCAACUAAAAUUGUGUGGAGAAUUUAACUUGCAGCUUAUUUUUUUACAGGUUUUUUUUCAAUAUCCGCCAAUUAUUCUAAUUUUCCUAUGGCUUUUUGGGCACCCAAGUUUUUUGGCGAUUUGGUUGAUGCCAAAGUGAAUAAGUUGCUUUAUCAACAUCUGUAGUGUAGCGGUUAGGUGUUUUGCUGUCGCACGUAAAAACACUUACAGGUACAUGAAAGGAAAAUGUUUUAAUUUUUUUUAAUGGGCCAAAAGAAAAUGUGUAAGAGCCUUUGGCAUGAUUUCAACAUAAUCAAUUAUAUAGAUGCAUUAUUUUGUAUGCUUUUCUUUUUCCAGAUUUGUUGUUUUAGCACACAAAAAUGUGACUUGAUCAUUCUAUGCAAUUAGAAGCCAAACACUUUUAUUUUCACUGUAUAACCAAUACUUUGCAUUAAUUGAUAUCUUCUAUUAUGCUAUUUCUUUUAAAAGCAAUGUAAGCAUAUUUUAUAACUUCUGAGUUGUUUGUAUGCUGGUUUUAUGAGAUUACCUACCGUCAGGUGUAACUUUCUGAAAUGGGAAAAAGGUCUUUCCUCUUUCUUUCUUUGUCUUUUGAUUUCAUGUUCUGAAGGUGGACAACAGCUAUAUUUAUCAGGUUUUUCAUGUGUUUACCUACAGAGAUUGCAAAUUGAAAGGCAAUACUUGAACUUGUAGCAGUUUUUCAUUUUGUAUUUUGGAGUGGAGAGUGAUUUCAUGAAGCCUACCCGCAUAGUGAAAUAUUGUGCGAUUUGCCAACUAUUUUUUUUUCAUGUGCCUUAAUGCUUUGUUUUGCGAUAUAGAAAGUUGCUGCUUUCUUUUAUAUUAAGAAUUUUUUUUGUUUUCUUAGUAGUUUUGAGAUAUUUUUAAACUGAAUGAUAGAAAAGACGACCAGAAAUUUACUGUGACUUACUACUGAAAUUGUAUCAAAGAGACUAGUCAUAACUAUUUGAAUAUAUGGGAAGCAUAAAUAAUAUGUAUACAUCUGUGCAAUUCGCAGGUAUAUUUUGUGAAACCAAGAACAUUAACUCAAUACACACAGAGCAACAACCCUGUCAUUGCUGCCCGAACGUGCCAUCCUUAAAGGGACGGCAGUCAUCAUUUUCCGCAUGGUUUUGUUUCCCCAGUGCCCACUGCUAUUAAUGCAUUAUUUUGCACCAUCCAAAUAUAUUUGGGUCAAGACCUGAAGCUUUACACAGUAUAACAUGGAUAGCUCAAAUUCGUCGGAACCAGCCUCGGUAGUUUGAGGGAUAUCUUAAAAAA